AUGAAUCCCUAUGUGUGUGAUCAAUGUAAUAAGGCAUUUCGUCAUUCUGAUCAUCUCAGAAGACAUAAACGAGCCCAUACACGUGAGAAGCCCUUUGUAUGUGAUCAAUGUGGUAAGGCCUUAAAUAGAUAUAGGGAUCUCACUAGGCAUAAACUAAUCCAUACAAGUGAUAAGCCCUAUGUAUGUGAUCAAUGCGGUAAGGCAUGUAAUAGAUUUGACAAUCUCAAAUUUAAUAAACGGGUCCAUACAGGUGAGAAGCCGUAUGUUUGUGAUCAAUGUGGUAAGGCAUUUCGUCAAUCUAGUGAUCUAACAAGACAUAAACAAAUCCACACAGAUGCGAAUCCCUAUGUAUGUGAUCAAUGUGGUAAGGCAUUUAGUCGAACUUGUCAUCUAGUGACACAUAAACAAAUCCAUACAGGGGAGAAGCCCUAGGUAUGUGAUCAGUGUGGUAAGGCAUUCAAUCAAUCAAGUGCUCUCAGAAGACAUAAACGAGUCCAUACAGAUGAGAAGACCUAUGUAUGUGAUCAGUGUGGUAAGGGAUUUUAUAAUCCUAAUAGUCUCAAGACACAUAAACAAAUCCAUACAGAUGUGAAUCCCUAUGUGUGUGAUCAAUGUGGUAAGGCAUUUAGUCGAUCUUGUCAUCUAGUGACACAUAAACAAAUCCAUACAGGGGAGAAGCCCUAUGUAUGUGAUCAGUGUGGUAAGGCAUUCAAUCAAUCAAGUGCUCUCAGAAGACAUAAACGAGUCCAUACAGAUGAGAAGCCCUAUGUAUGUGAUCAGUGUGGUAAGGGAUUUUAUCAACCUUAUAGUCUUACAACACGUAAACGAAUCCAUACAGUUGCAAAUCCCUAUGUGUGUGAUCAAUGUGGUAAGGCAUUUAGUCGAUCUGAUCAUCUUGUAAGACAAACAAUUCCAUGCAGGAGAGAAGCCCUAUGUAUGUGA